UUCGCAUGAUGUCGAACUCGGCGGUUAGCGUCAAGUUCCGAUGGGGUCUCUCAGCCUCGGACCCUGAGGAACAACCCGCCCUUAUAGUGGGUCAGGUGGUCCACCUCAACGCUCUGACAUGGCAUGAUGUGCGGUGCAAGCUUGAACCAAGAGUUACUGAAGAGGCAUGGAAGCGCGGUCUUACCUGCGUGUCCACGUCCCCCGGCGAGUGUGUGGAGCUAUGGCCCCGCGGCGCCAGUCUCGCGUCGUUGCCAGCUCGCCGCUCGCGGCACGCCGCGCCGUCUCGCUCGCACGCGCUCGCUAAACUAGUGCGCUCGUGGAAUAGGACGCAGAGAGAGCAUGAAUACGUCGUGCUGAUCUGCCGCAAACGCGACGUGUACGCGAGCGCCAUGGCGAUCGCUCGCUGCUACCCGCAGUACAACGCGCGCUCCGGCCCCGCGCUGCUGGGCGCGGCCGCCGACACGCCGCAAGCCAGGACCGUCUAUGUGGAGAUACAGCUCGCCAGUGACGACCAGAGAGAAGGCGAACUCGAAGACGAAGGCGUAGGGCCGCUAGAUCCCUCCCUGCUAGACAACACAUUGUCCACCGAAGAGCUGGCUGCCAUCCAGGCGGCUGCGGACUCUACCCGCCUCGCUGCCAAGAUCGCUGACACACCUUGUAAUAUUAUGAACGUGGAUAAAUUCAUAGAGGAGGCCUGCCGCGUGGCCAAAGAGCUGGACCUCCCUGAGCCCACCAUCAUCCGUGGCGAGGAGCUGAAGGCGCGCGGCAUGGGCGGGAUCUACGGCGUCGGCCGCGCCGCUAACUGCCCGCCAGCACUAGUAUCCCUGUCAUACAAUGUGCCCGGGGUUGAGAAAAGUGUGGCCUGGGUGGGCAAAGGCAUCGUUUAUGAUACUGGUGGCCUGAGCAUCAAGGCUAGGACCUCCAUGGUUGGCAUGAAGGGCGACUGCGCGGGCGCUGCGGCAGUAUUAGGAGCCUUCGCCGCGGCCGUGCAAGCCAAGCCGACUGUCAACCUGCACGCGGUACUGUGCCUGGCUGAGAAUGCCGUCGGUCCUGACGCUACUAGGCCUGACGAUAUCCACCAGCUGUAUUCCGGCCGCACUGUGGAAAUUAACAAUACUGACGCUGAAGGUCGUCUGGUGCUGAGUGAUGGGGUGGUGUACGCCCACCGGGACUUGAAGGCCGACACCAUAGUGGACGUGGCCACGCUCACCGGCGCACAGGGCACAGCGACGGGCAAGUACCACGCCGCGGUCGUGUCCAACAACUCCAGCAUGGAGCGGCGCUGCGUGGCGGCCGGCUUGCGCGCCGGCGACCUGGCGCACGCGCUGCCCUUCGCACCCGAGCUGCACUUCACCGAGUUCAGCUCCUGCGUGGCCGACAUGAAGAACAGCGUCGCGGAUCGCAGCAACGCGCAGCCAUCUUGCGCGGGAUUAUUCAUCCUGGCGCACCUCGGGUUCGACUUCCCCGGCACGUGGCUGCACGUCGACAUGGCCGCGCCCGCACACUCCGGCGAGCGUGCGACCGGGUACGGCGUGGCGCUGCUCACCGUGCUGUUCGGGUCGCACACUCAGAACAAGCUGCUCAAGGCGCUCAGCCCUCCCGACGCCUGCUAACACACCUCACACUCACACUCUAACACACCUCACACUCACACUCUAACACACCUCACACUCACACCUACUACAGGGGCCCGUUGUCGAACGGUAUUAGACUAAUGAUUAUAUUUGUAGGGCGAGCGUGCGACCGGGUACGGCGUGGCGCUGCUCACCGCGCUGUUCGGGUCGCACACUCAGAACAAGCUGCUCAAGGCGCUCAGCCCUCCCGACGCCUGCUAACACACCUCACACACACUCUAACACACCUCACACUCACACUCUAACACACCUCACACUCACACUCUAACACACCUCACACUCACACUCUAACACACCUCACACUCAUACUUAGCGCCACUUGCACCAUCCCACUAACCCAGGGUUAACCGGUUAAAGGCCUGAGUGUGCGUGACGUACGCGUGCGACGUUGUAGUAUACAGAUCCUUAUGAGAGACGGCCCACCGCUUGCGUGACGUGUGCGUGUGCGGCUCCAACAUUUUAAGAUUGUACUGGUAACCAUGGUAACUCCAAGUCAGUGGAGAGACACUCCUGACUUCGGGUAAACUCGGCUCCGUUCGGCUCAGCAUUGCUCCGAGCUAUUCUAUUCUAUUCUAUUCAAUUAUUAGGGUUGGCACCACUUGACUACCCUUUGCGUGCACGACCACAGAUAAGAUAACCACUUGAAUUUUGACAACCCUAAAUAGCCGAAAGGGAUAGUGCCAUACAUUAGAAAGGGAUAGCAUGAUUCGCCCUUGAAUCGCUGUCAAACUAAGGCUUUGUAGGAAGUGUCCUUUCUGUAUGGUAGUACUAUUAUGUAUUCUGUGUCCAAGUUUAACCGGUUAACCCCGAGUUAGUGGGAUGGUACAAGUGGCCCUUAUCGUCGCCAUUAGAUAUAUCCGAGACAAGGCGCUCACAAAUAUCUGAACACGCCUCUAUUGUCAACGCGUCAGAGUGCGUGUGUAGAUAAUUUUGAGCACCUCGGCCACUCCGAUAUAUCUGAUGGCGGCUGUACAACAGAUCGACAAUAACAGAAGAGUUGACUCUUCUUCAGGUCUCACCUAUUAUUAACUUAGAAACUAAUUAGAAGUAGAAGAAUUCCGUGUGUAGGGUGGGACUUGAACCCACGACCACCGGAUCGCUAGCCCAGUGCCCUUCCAUCUGAGCUACCAAGACCUUACUCAAUACAGCGAAUAUCUAAAUUUGUUUCUAAGCUUAAUAGCAUAGUUCGUACGUUUCUGCUUGAUACAAUAUUAACUCGCCUAUGGUUUUCAUGUAAAUGAAAAUGUACACAUACAUGACUUCACAUAACAGCCGGCCCUGCUAAGUAAAAUAAUAGACAGUAAUAUUUUCAGCCGAAAUAGCCUCACAUUUUAGUAUUAAAUAUGUAUUUCUCUUUAAAAAUACAUAUUUCGGUCGAGUCAUAUUAAACCCCUUUUUAUUCGAAUUUAGUGGUAAACUUCUUAACUUAACAGACCUCAAUACAUUAUGUUAUAAUUUACAUAAUAAAUUCAUUUUAUUUUCUAUUUAGAAGACAUAUUGUUUAGCUUGUAAUGAUUUGUACAAUUAUGUUAGAACCAUAUAAUUCAAUUAUUCAUUAUACUACACUAGCGACCCGCCCCGGCUUUGCACGGGUAGUUCAACUUAUUAACACAAAACCUUAAGAAAUUAUACACCUUCUUCUUCCUCGUUCCCUCAAUGCUGAGGAUCGCGACCACAUGCAACAUGUCCCCACUGAUUGCGGUCAUAAGCCAAGUGAACUGCACGGUGCAGGCUGCCGCCACUCGCCUUCUUCAUGGCGUCAGACCAUCUCUUACGAGCCCCACCCCGAGCGCGUUUACAUUCAUUCGCCCCAAGAUGAUACACUUCUCCAUAUCAUGCAUUGAUGAUCUCAUAAUGUGUCCGAAAAAUCUAAGGGUUCGUUCAUGGCAUGCUUCGGAGAGCCGUGUGGUAAUACUGAGUUCUUCCAAAAUAGAGAUGUUAGUUCUUAUUAUACACCUAAACCUUCCUCAAGAAUCACUCUAUUGAUAGGUGAAAACCUUUUAGUAGUUUUUGAGUUUAUCGCGAACAUACAUACACACAAACAGACAGACGCGGCGGGGGACUUUGUUGUAUAAUUGUAUUGAUUCCGUGACAAAUAUAAGGUAAACUGCCGAUGUAUUUGGCCCUGCUAGUUAUAAUUUUAACAAUUUGAAUAUUUGUAAGCGCUAACUUGCAUUUCAAUGGCAUUUUCACUCUUUUAACAUGUUUAUUAUUUCACGACUUGUAUAACUAUUAAUCAAAAAAUAAGUACUAUUCACUCCUAGCAACUACAUGGACAAAAGGCUCAAAAAUAACUACUCAACUGGCCAAGGGGUGGGGGAGGGUCGUACAUUUAGUUAAGGUUCCGUCACGCAGGCGCGUUUACCGGGCGGGGCGUUUUAUAUGUAAAAGCGGCGCCCGCAAAACGCGCCUGUGUGAUGGAGCCUUUAGAAAUUUUGUUCUCUAGGGGGGGGGCAAACCAAGCCCUUGCUAGCCCCCCUUUUGCCGCCCCUUGGCGACGCCCAUGCAUACGCUUCUCUUGCGCCCUUAUGUGUUAAGGUCUAUUUUUUGACAAUAUAACUAGAGACGUUUAAAAAGUAAAGACUUGUAUUCUCCAUACAUUAUCUUGCCUUCAAAAUACAAUAAACAUUAAUGUAAUAAACAUGAUGCAAUAAAUAAUAAGCAAUAAUUGUUGUAAAUACAUUAUAAAUAAAAUAUAAACAUAACAUAAUAAAAUAACUGUUGCCAUUAGUAUGAUAGUUGUAUAAUUAAAUAACCAAUUGUAAGUGAUUUCCUUAGGUAUAAUAGUAUGAGAAAAUAUCGUGUAUGUACGUACAAAAAAUUAUGUUUUUUGAUAUAUUUAAUAACUACUUCACACCCAUAUAUUACAAUAAAGUUGUAAUAGAAAGCAAUCUAAUAAUUAUUGUUGAUUUUCAGGGUUCCGUACCCAAAGGGUAAAAACAGGACUCUAUUACUAAGACUCCACUGACCGUCUGUCUGUCUGUCACCAGGCUGUAACUCAUGAACCGUGAUAGCUAUACAGUUGAAAUUUUCACAGAUGAUGUAUUUCUGCUGCCGCUAUAACAACAAAUACUAAAAACAAUACACUCCUUUUUCGGCAGUCGUAUAAAAGUACGGAACCCUCGGCGGGCGAGUCCGACUCGCACUUGUUUCUUUUAAUAUGACAAUACAAUAAUAUAAUUAAUUACCUUUAACAAUCAAAUAUACUUAAGGAAGUCACGACUGACCCCCUUCUUCAUAAACGCACUACAAACCUCAGUUAGUUAAUAAUCUGUCAUUUUGACUUAUGUAUUUGUAAGAAAGGGACAAAACAUAAUUUAACUAAAUCAGGCCCGUAAAGUUUUAUGAAUAAGGGCUCAUUUAGACGAUGCGAGAACUCGCAUGCGAGUUUCAUUACAUUGCGGUUUUUGAUCGGUCAGUUAAAUUGGACGUAACCAACAGUUCGCAAUGUAACUAAAAUCGCAUGGCUCAUUUAGACGAUGCGAGUUUCAUUACAUUGCGGGUUUUGAUACCCCUAAGGCCGUAAAAUAAUAUAAUAACAGCCCUUAGACGGCGCGCGAACUCGCAUGCUAUUUUAGUUACAUUGCGGACUGUUGGUUACGUCCAAUUCAACCGACCGAUCAAAACCCGCAAUGUAAUGAAACUCGCAUGCGAGUUCUCGCACCGUUUAAAUGAGCCCUAAAUCAGCCCUAAGCGGGUAAGUCAGCACAAUAAUACCAAGCAAUAAUUUAGAGGUAAGCGCUAAAUGUGUUCUAAAGAGCCAAAUAAAUCACUAAGCCAAUCAAGUUGAGGGUAGUUUCAUAUUUUAUUAUAAGUUCAGCAUUUGUGUAAGGUUUUUGCUAAAUAAAUAUUUGAAAACGUA